CGUAGAUUUCUUGAUUCAUAAUAAAACGAACAUAUGCCAAUAAUAAUGGCAAUAAUGCUGCAUUAUCGGGUAAAGUUGACUCGUCCAGUUGUAUAGAGAAAUGGGUCUAUUGUUGCUUAAGGGAAUUCUUUUAAUGAUAUCAGAUGCAGGUUUGUGUAAAACAGUUUUUAAAACCUCUUCAACGGCUGGGAAAAUUAACUUCUCUCCGAUAGUAUGCGGUUUUCCGGAUUUUGCUAUAAGUAACAAGAUAUUGUAAGACGCCCGCAAACCGUCAUCAUUUCUUUGUGACGUCGAAGCGAACAUUCUGUCCAGCGUAG